AAUUGAUCCUCUCUGUCGUAUCAAACCCCAACAUUUUUCCGGCUGAGGUUUCUCAUCGCUUAAAAAGAAAAAAAGAAAAGAAAAUACUAAUAAUAAACGUCGUGACGUGCCAACUUAUUAAUUAAUUAAAUAAAUAAUUUCCUCGCAAUCACUAUAGAGCGAAGCUGAACUGAUUUCCUUCUCCUUCAAUUGAAACCCUAGGGUUUUUGGAUGAACUUUUCCUAAAUUGUUGUUUGGUUAUUGGAAAAUCGGCAAUGGGAGCAAGCCGGAAGUUGCAGGGAGAGAUAGAUCGAGUUUUGAAGAAGGUUCAAGAAGGCGUCGACGUGUUCGACAGCAUUUGGAACAAGGUUUAUGAUACAGACAAUGCGAAUCAGAAGGAAAAAUUCGAGGCCGACUUGAAAAAGGAGAUUAAGAAGUUGCAGAGGUAUAGAGACCAGAUCAAGACAUGGAUACAGUCCAGCGAGAUCAAGGAUAAGAAGGUUAGUGCCUCUUAUGAGCAGGCUCUGAUGGAUGCUCGAAAACAAAUUGAGCGUGAAAUGGAGCGAUUUAAGAUAUGUGAAAAAGAAACAAAGACAAAAGCAUUCUCAAAAGAAGGUCUUGGCCAACAACCUAAGACGGAUCCGAAGGAAAAAGCUAAAUCAGAGACGAGAGAUUGGUUGAAUAACGUGGUUAGUGAGCUGGAAAAUCAAAUUGAUAGCUUUGAAGCUGAAAUAGAAGGACUUUCGGUUAAGAAAGGGAAGACAAGACCACCCAGAUUGACGCAUCUGGAAGCAUCCAUCACUCGGCAUAAGGCUCAUAUUAUGAAGCUGGAGUUAAUUCUAAGGCUCUUGGAUAACGAUGAAUUGAGUCCGGAGCAAGUCAAUGAUGUGAAGGAUUUCUUGGAUGACUAUGUUGAAAGAAAUCAGGAAGACUUUGAUGAGUUUAGUGAUGUUGAUGAGCUUUACAGUUCCUUACCUCUAGACAAGGUGGAGUCUCUUGAAGAUCUAGUUACGGGUCCUCCUAGUCUUGUUAAGGGAGUCACUGCUUCCAGUGCAGUUAUAACUAUGAAAACUUCUCUGGCUGCAACACCUGUUCAAACUUCAGUAACAACCACAGCUACCAUCCAACAUGUUGCUUCCACCCUCGACCAGGUUGAUGAAACAGCUUUUCAGGAUGAUGCAGUUGCAAGAACCCCACCUCCUAAAGGUAGUGGCCUCAGUUCUCCUGUGCCACAAACACCACCAGCAGGUCUUGCAACUCCUGGCAUCACAAGUGUUGUUGGUGCGUCAUCUCCUGUGGCUGUGCCAAGUGCUACAAAAGAAGAGGAUAUUACGAAUUUCCCUGGUCGUAAAUCAUCACCAGCACUUGCUGAAACUGGAUUAAGGGCUAUUGGCAGAGGUGGGUUGCCUAGUCAACCAGCUCCUAACAUCCUUCCUAGUUCUGGCAACACGAUUUCCGGCAAUGGAGCCCUUGGUACAAUUCCCUUGUCAUCUGAUAUGGGGAAAAGAAAUAUCUUGGGAUCUGAUGAUCGACCUGGGAGUAGUGGCAUGGUGCAGGGUCUUGCAUCUCCUCUAAGUAAUCGAGCAGUCAUGCCACAAGCUUCGAAGUCGAGUGAUGUGCUUGGAUCAUCUGAUACUGGAAGUGUUAAUGAUUCUACAGUUGUGGGCACCAGAGUCUUCAAUUCUCCUGUUGUUCCCGGUAUGCAAUGGCGACCUGGAAAUUCCUUCCAAAACCAGAAUGAACCGGGCCAGUUUCGUGGAAGAACUGAGAUUGCGCCUGAUCAAAGGGAGAAGUUUCUACAACGGUUUCAGCAGGUACAGCUGCAAGGCCAGACUAAUCUUCUGGGUAUGACGCCUCUUACUGGAGGAAAGCAGUACUCUGCACAACAGCAAAACCUUCUCUUACAACAGUUCAAUGCUCAAAGCUCAUCCAUCUCACCUCAACUUGGGUUGGGGGUUGGAGUCCAAGCUUCAGGUAUUAACAGUGCAACAACAUCUGCUUCGCUGCAGCCACAGUCAAGUGCAGUCCACCAACCAACUAAUCCGCAGACAAUCAUAUCUUCAACGCCUAAGGAUGCAGAAACUGUCCUUAACAAAGUUGAGGAAAUGCAGCAGCAACAGUCUCUCGCAGAAGAUUCUUCUUCAGAUUCUGCUGUCAACUCUGGGCUAGGAAAAAAUCUUGUUGCAGAGGAUGAAUUGAAAUCUCCUUACGCUUUAGAUGCUGCAGCCGCAGUUGCUUCUGGUUCUCUUCCUGAGCCUUCUCAAGUGAUGCGAGAGAUAGAUCUAUCUCCAGGGCAGCCUUUACAAUCAGCUUCAUCUUCUGGAAGUCUCGGUGUUAUUGGUCGAAGAAGUGUGUCUGACCUUGGUGCUAUUGGGGAUAACAUUAGUGCAUCAACUCCAAAUUCUGGGGGAAUGCACGAUCAGUUGUACAAUUUGCAGAUGCUUGAGGCUGCUUAUUAUAGACUUCCUCAACCCAAGGAUUCAGAACGUGCUAAGACCUAUACUCCAAGACAUCCGGCUGCAACUCCUCCAAGCUAUCCUCAAGUACAAGCCCCUAUUGUUAAUAAUCCAGCCUUUUGGGAACGCCUUGGUGCAGAUACUUAUGGCACUGACACCCUGUUCUUUUCAUUUUACUAUCAGCAGAAUACGUAUCAGCAAUACUUGGCUGCUAGGGAACUGAAAAAACAAUCUUGGAGAUACCACAGAAAAUACAACACAUGGUUCCAACGGCAUGAGGAGCCAAAAGUUGCUACAGAUGAUUUUGAACAGGGGACAUAUGUCUACUUUGACUUCCAUAUUGCCAGUGAUGAACAACAUGGAUGGUAUGGACUAUUGUUAUUGUUAUUUUACUCUUUUGUUACACUAUCUGCUCAUUCUAUAGUUUAUUCUUUUGUUAUUGUUAUUGUUAUUGUUAUUUUAUUCUUUUGUUACUUGUCCCUCAUCUUUCAUUGAAUUCUGACAACCUGCAAACAUUCUUAUUCUUGCUUUAGUUUUAGGAUCCUUACUUUGUUGUUUGCUCUUUGUUCUUCUUCUGCAUUAGGUUUUGAAAAUUGGAGCUUAGGAAGUCAGCUUUCAUUUAGAUCACCAUAAUGCUUUAGCAGUUAAGCUUUGUGGGAUUUAUUUUUACUGUGAUGUCUUCCCCUUAAUGAGUGUGUGGUGCAAUCCCAUAAGUUUACCUUCUCUUCUGAUCUCUCGGAUUCAGCUGCUUUUUUGCUCAUUGGUAUUACUCUCAAUGUCAGUUGCCUUUUGAAUGCAUUGAGGGCUCAAUUAGAGAACUUAUAAGAUCGUUAGAAGACUGAGAAAUGUCCUGAGUGUCCAGCAAAGCUGUGAACUUUGAUUCUAUUUAUCAUCACAAGAUCGUCUUACCACUAACAUUUGACUAUUUAUAAUUAAAGCUCGUGAGUUUUAUGUUGUGUGUUUUUUUUGUUCUUUUCUUCAAAAGCAUAUUCUAUACAAUGCAUACGGUGGAGAAUGAUUUGAAAUUUAGUUUAUUGGUGAUGCUAGUUUUGUGGGAGUUGACUUUUGGGUGAAAUAUGAUUGUAAUUUUCUAUAAUGUAACUGUCAAUUAAGUUCUAGGUGCGGAAGCCGUUUGAGUAUCUGAGGAUCCGCUUGAAUGUGCUCCUGAUAGAGGCAGAUAAUCUAUUUUAAUAUGUCGUUGCUGUCUUUAGAAGGAUGGAUAACUUAUGAGCUGCUUCUGUUCUGGAAGUUAAUAAAUUGUGUUUUCUGUCAAAAAUUGGCUGGGGUAGCUUAAGAUGUGCAACAAUAAUGGUAAAAUCUCUUUCUGCUGGACCAGAAAAUGGUCUCUGGAGAAAAAAACUCGAGUUCUUAUUAAUACUAGUUUCUUUCUGCAUUGAUUUUAGCUGGCUGGUUUAUGGUGGCAUGUUUCCUUGAAAGUGGUGUAAGCUUGUCAUGUGGUGGCCUUCUUUCUGACUGAGAUUUGAAGGAUCCCAAAUUAGUUCUUAGUCUUAGACUCUUAGUUGUAGGAAAAGCAAGUGAAUGACCUGAUGUGGGGCAUGAUUAUAAGCAUAGCCUCAUGUGAAGUCCUAAGAAAUAUGGGGCAUGAUUAUAUGCAUAGUCUCAUGUGAAGGGAUUGCUUUUGUGCUGCCUAAAUACAUUGCAGUGAGAUUAUUUUUUUUUGGGAUACCAAGCAUUUGGAUCAUCAUUUCCCAUAGAACGGAUUCCUAAUGAAACAGGAUCUCUUAUUGAUCCAGGGUAUUGACAAGGUUUUCUGUUGGAAGUUGUUUCAGUAUUAUGGAAUCGCUUCAGACCCCUAGAGAGAGAGAGAGAGAGAGAGAGAGAGAGAGAGAGAGAUGGGGAUAUGAUAGUUUGACUAUAGCCUAAACUUUCUCAGAGAGAGAGAGAAGAGGAUAUGAUAGUCUGACUAUAGCCUAAAUUUUCUGCGGAGCAAUUCAUUUUUAGAUUUUUAUUUGAUGGUGUGUAUCAGUGACCCCUCUUUUAGCUUUGAUUAACUCAUGUUUCUUUUUCGUUUUGUUUUUAAUUACUCAGGUGUCAGAGAAUCAAGACGGAGUUCACAUUUGAGUACAGUUAUCUAGAGGACGAUUUAAUAAUAUAGGGCUGAUUUCCUGUCGUAUUAUCUUUGACCACUUGAAAGUAGGUCUCAGCUGAUAUUUCGUUCAGUUAAAAUGUAAAAAUAGAAUGUCAAUUUGCAGUUAAAAUUUGUAUCUGGUGCUUGCGAAACACUCAAAAGUUGGACUCUCUUGUCAUUGACUUGGUACAAAAUGAAAUUAGAAAUUGUUCCUCAUUCAAUGAUAAA